AUGCCCGGGAAAAGGAGCCGUCGAAAGUCGCCCGGUCGCCAGGGGCGGGCCUGCGCCCGCACCACCCGAGCCGGGCUGUCCUUCUCCGUGAGCCACAUGGAGCGCCUCCUGCGAGAGGGCCGCUACGCCAAGCGCCUGAGCUCGUCCGCCCCUGUCUUCCUAGCGGCCACCAUCGAGUACCUGACGGCCAGGGUCCUGGAGCUGGCGGGCGACGAAGCCCAGAUUGUGGGUAGGAGGUGCAUCACCCCAGAGCUGGUGGCCAUGGCGGUCCACAACAACGCCCUGCUCAGCGCCUUCUUCGGAACCAUCACCAUCUCGCAAGUGGCCCCGACCCAGAAGUAGCUGCCCGACGCGCCCUGGAUGUCCUGGCCCCAGCCCCUCACAGCCCCGGAAGGCCCGGCCUGCCUCCCUGCCUGCCUCCUUGGGCAGACUCGUUGCCAGGCAAUACACGUGUUUA